UGUAAUUCUAAACCCAUUCUAUUUCUUAAAAAAAUAAAGAAAAUGGCUCUUUCACCUUCUCCUCCUUCUUCAACAGUACUGGCCAUUGUUUCAUUGGUUCUGCUUGUUGUUUUCAUGGGCAGGCCGUCAUCUGCUCAACUCUCCACAAAUUUCUACUCAAAGAGCUGCCCCAAGCUGCUGAGUACUGUGAAAUCAGUGGUCAAAUCUGCUGUGUCCAAGGAAAAGCGAAUGGGCGCUUCUCUCCUUCGCCUCCAUUUCCACGACUGCUUUGUUAAUGGUUGUGAUGGGUCGAUACUACUUGACGACACCUCCUCAUUAACCGGCGAGAAGACAGCCGUUCCCAAUGCUGGAUCCAUCAGGGGUUUCGAUGUGAUUGAUGACAUCAAGUCCAAAGUUGAGGAUGCUUGCCCAGGUGUUGUCUCUUGCGCUGAUAUCGUGGCAAUCGCCGCUCGUGACUCUGUGGUGAAGCUUGGAGGGCCGAGUUGGGACGUCAAACUUGGACGCCGGGACUCCAAAACAGCGAGCUUAUCGGCUGCCAACAAUGGUCAAAUCCCACCCCCCACUUCUAGCCUCAGCAAUCUUAUCUCUAGAUUCCAAGCUAAAGGCCUCUCCACCAAGGAUAUGGUUGUUUUAUCUGGAUCACACACAAUAGGACAAUCAAGGUGUGUUUCCUUCAGGGCCCACAUAUAUAAUGACACCAACAUUGAUAGUUCCUUCGCCAAGAAAAGGCAAGGGAGCUGCCCAAAAACUUCUGGCUCGGGUGACAACAAUUUGGCCCCUCUAGACCUUAAAACCCCAACUGCUUUCGACAACAACUACUACAAGAAUUUGGUCAACAAGAAAGGCCUCCUCCACUCCGAUCAACAACUCUACAAUGGAGGAUCAACCGAUUCAAGAGUCAAAAAGUAUAGCGAGGAUGGUGCCAGCUUCAAGUCCGACUUUGCUGCAGCGAUGAUCAAGAUGGGUGAUAUUAGCCCCCUCACCGGAUCCCAAGGCGAGAUUAGGAAGAACUGCAGGAAGGUGAAUUCAUGAAGAUCAAAUUUCGGGUUUAACUCAAAUUUGGAUUUUGCAUUUGAAGUAAGACAGUAAGUUACGGGUUUUCCCAAAAGAGGGAAAUUUUUUAUUAUAGAUUUUCUUGUUAGCAGCGUGGAUUGAAAUUCAGGACUAGGGUCUCUGUUGAAUUGUAUGUUCUUUGAGUUUGCGUAAUUAAGCUUCUUUGCAUCCUCGUAAUUAAUAAAUGGCUGGAGAUUGAAUUUUUGUUA